AGAAAGACUACAAAAAUACUGCAACUUAGACAUGAGAAUUCAUGGAUCCGACGGCAAAGCUUACGAAAGCUCUCCUCUUCAACGCCUCCGAACCAAAGGUUGCAUGGCAGCUUUUCAAGCGCAUUCUUUCUUUACCCGCCGGCGAACACUUCCCCGUUGCGGUAGACACCAUUACUCGGAUCCUCAUCCGCGCAAAAAUGAUGAACGAACUCGAUGAGCUCCACCAACGACUCCUGCAGCAUUCUACCUUGCCCCUACACAUCUUGCAUCCUUGUCUUACUUCUUCAAUAGCCGUUUCAGCUAAUUCAGGUCUCUCCGGUAAUACCCUUUCCCAUUUCAAAGCCUUCCGAUCUCGGUUCCCAGAUAACCCGCCCUCCGUACAUUUGUAUAAUUGUCUGGUUCGGUCUUGCAUCAAGGCCGGGAGUGGUGACCACGUCGCUUGGUUGUAUAAAGAUAUGAAAGUAGCUGGGAUUGCUCCGGAGACUUAUACGAUCAAUAUUUUGAUUGGGUUUUUGUGCGAUUCCGGUCGGUUGGAAGAGGCCUACCAGCUGUUUGAUAAAAUGCCUGACAAAGGCUGCAAACCAAACGAGUUCACUUAUGGGAUUUUGGUUCGUGGGUAUUGUCGUGCUGGGGAUUCCUGUAGAGGAUUGCAGCUUUUGAGUGAAAUGAAAAGUCGGGGGUUCGCCCCUAAUAAGGUUGUGUAUAAUACUCUCAUUUCUGCAUUCUGCAAGGAAGGUAAGAACGACGACGCUGAAAAAUUGGUGGAAAGAAUGAAGGAGGAAGGGUUGUGUCCUGAUAUUGUGACUUUCAAUUCUAGGAUUUCAGCUCUCUGCGAUGCUGGGAAAACUCUCGAAGCUUGUAGGAUUUUUAGAGACAUGCAGAUUGACAAAGACUUGGGGCUGCCGACGCCUACUAUCAUCACUUAUAAUUUAAUGCUUAAAGGGUUCUGUAAAGGAGGGCAGUUGAAGGAUGCCGAGUCCCUGUUUGAGAUUAUGAAGAGCGACAGUUCUCUACUAAACAUAGAGAGUUAUAAUAUUUGGUUGUCAGGUUUAAUAAGGAACAGGAGGAUCUUAGAGGCUCGAUUAGUUCUAAAAGAAAUGAUAGAUAUUGGAAUCAAGCCUAACGUAUAUUCUUAUAAUAUUGUGAUGGAUGGGCUAUGCAAGAAUGGGAUGCUCUCAGAUGCAAGGGCGCUCACAAGCGUAAUGACAAGCAAUGGUAUUUUACCAGAUGCAGUUACUUAUAGUACGUUACUUAAUGGUUUCUGCAGUCGUGGAAAGGUCUUGCAGGCUAACAGUGUUCUGCACAAUAUGAUGCAGAGUGGCUGUUUCCCAACUCCUUACACCUGCAAUAUUCUACUGCACAGUCUGUGGAAAGAGGAUAAAACAUCUGAAGCUGAGAAGCUGCUGCAGAAAAUGCAUGAGAGAGGCUAUGGUGUUGAUACUGUGACAUGCAAUAUUAUUCUCGAUGGUCUCUGCAAUCACGGCAAACUAGACAAGGCAAUUGAAAUUGUGAAUGAUAUGUGGACUCAUGGGAGUGCUGCUCUUGGUAACUUGGGUAACUCAUUUAUUGGCCUCAUAGAUGAUAGGGAUAGUGUGAAAAAAUGUGUGCCUGAUUUGAUAAGCUAUUCGAUUAUAAUAUCUGGACUAUGCAAGGCUGAUAGGGUUGAUGAAGCAAAAAGGAAGUUUCUUGAGAUGAUGGGAAAACAUUUGCAGCCUGAUUCAGCCAUUUAUGAUACUUUCAUUCGUUGCUUCUGCAAAGAGGGAAAGUUAUCUGCUGCAUUUCGAGUGCUUAAGGACAUGGAGAAAAGAGGUUGCAGUAAGACCAUACAUACUUUCAAUUCAUUGAUCCUUGGCUUAGGAAGAAAAAAUCAAAUAUUUGAAAUGCAUGGUUUGAUCGAUGAGAUGAGUGAAAAAGGGAUUUCUCCGGAUGUUUACACAUAUAACAAUUUGCUAAGUUGUCUUUGUGAAGGAGGGAGGGCUAAAGACGCACCCUUAGUUCUGGAGGAGAUGCUCCAAAAGGGUAUUUCUCCAAAUAUUUCGUCCUUUAGAACAUUGAUUACAGCUUUCUGCAAGGCUACUGAUAUCAAUGCAGCGCAUGAGGUGUUUGAAAUUUCGCUGGAUGUGUGUGGCCACAAGGAAGCCCUUUAUAGUUUAAUGUUUAAUGAAUUAGUUUCUGGUGGACUAGUUGCUGAAGCUGGAGAGCUCUUUGAGUCUGCCUUAGAUAGGUCUUUUGAUGUGAGUAACUUCCUUUACAAAGAUCUCUUUGAAAGACUUUGUAAGGACGACAAGUUGGAAGAUGCCAAAGCUUUGCUUAAUAAAUUAAUCGAGAAAGGAUACGGGUUUGAUCCAGCUGGACUAAUGCCAGUGAUUGAAGGCUUACGCAAAAGGGGAAACACGGGCGAGGCUGAAGAACUCUCAGAGAGAAUGAUGGAGAUGAUAUCAGAGGACAAUGUAGAAAACAGGAAUGGUCAACAUAGGAUGGGUUUCAUGUUUGGAUCGAGAAAUAAGGACGGUGCAAAUGAUUGGCAAAGCCUGAUUCAGAGAGAUGACGGUAGUGGAGUCACAUUGAAAGUUCUUAAGCGGUUGCAGAAGGGCUGGGGUCGGGGAAGCCUUUUAGGUAAACGGCCUCAGGAAGAUGCAUCCAUCUUCUAGGUGUGCUGCCCCAGGAAAUGAGUUAAUUGAUUACUGAAGUGGCAGCGGUUUAAUUUUGGUGUUCCAUUGGGCAAAAACCUGGGCAUGAUAGAAUCCCGGUAUCUAGGGGGAGUGAAGCUAACAGUAUGACUGAUACUCCCAGUGUGGUAAUGUUCACGAGGACGAUAAGGUUUCAAUUUCCAAGCCAGUGGAGCAUUAGCAAACUUUCGCACCAACAAAAUGUGAAGAGGUUGAUUGAUGAGAGCCCAUGCUGCCAGAGACGGGACAUGAUAACCUCAAGAAACGCUAGAAGCUCCAUGAGAAAAGGGUCACACGCUCCCAGGAAAAAGGUGGCUCAAUGCACAUGUGAGUUGACUGCGAGGGAGCACAGAUUGCGCCAUCAGCUUUGAUAGUGAAGAGGUGGUGGUGCCGUUGGCAAUGACAUCUGUGUCAGGAUUAUGGGCCAAGGCCGAAAACGGGUCUCAUUCUCCGAAACCCCGCAAAUCCACACGGGUGUCAGAGAUGUCGAGCACAACCUACGAUCGACGAAGAAAAGAAGCCACAGGUAGAAUGGCAUUGACACGAAUGAGAAGCUAUAUAAAGUAGAGGUGAACCGUUAUGAACCCUCUAUGCAUCUUUCCCAAAGGUUAAUGAAGCCCUCGAUGGCCAGUGGCGGAGCCAGAAAUCUGAACGAGGGGGGCUGAAAUUUACGUUCAAGAUGUUUGAGCUGGGGAGGGGGGCUAAAGCCUUACAACCUGAUCUAUUUUCCAAGUUUGUUGCAAAAUUUACACAUAAAUUUACACGAUAUUGAGAGUUGAGGGGAGGCUAUAGCCCCUCCUGACUAUAAGGUGGCUCCGCUAGUGCCGUCUGCCGAUGGCUUAAACUUCAAGAUAAAGGAAGUAGACGUGGA